CCCAGGGAGAAGAAAGUCAGCGCAACAAAGGUUCUUGGAACAGUAAAUUGGUUCAACGUACGAAAUGGAUAUGGAUUCAUCAACAGGAAUGAUACAAAGGAAGAUGUAUUUGUACAUCAGACUGCUAUAAAAAAGAAUAACCCAGGGAACUACCUCCGCAGUGUUGGAGACGGUGAAACUGUGGAGUUCGACGUAGUGGAAGACGAAAAGGGUGCCGAAGCAGCAAACGUAACUGGUCCCGGAGUUCCAGUCCAAGGAAGCCGAUAUGCCGCGGACAGAAAUCAUUAUCGUCCCUGCAACCUCCGCCACCGAGGUCCGCCACGUAAUUACCAACAGGACAUUGAAGGUGGAGAGAAAGGAGAUGGAGCAGAGACAGCAACGGAUGGAGAAAACCGAGAUUAUCAAAGUCAGCAACAUCGCCCUUCUUACAGAAGACAACGUUACCCACCUUACUUUGGUGGUGAAAUAAAUGAAAACCAAGUUGUUGGGGAAGAAGACUCUCACACUAUUUGA